AUGGAAUAUGACGCACGAAACGUCGACUCCGAUGACGACCUUGAUUCAGAGUACGCAGGCGGAUAUUCAGAUGAGGAUGGUCCCUACCUUGAUCUGAAUACUGAUCUCUCUGGUAUCAAUCGCACUACAAAAGACCUCAAUAUUGUGAACACGUACAGACCACAUUGGUCUUGCGAAGAAGCAUUUCGCGAGUCAUAUCAAAACUGGAGAGACGGCAUUCUGAGUUCUUUCAACCUCAAUCUAUCCCAGCUUCUUCCUACGUAUAUCGAGAAAAAACACUCCGUACUCAUCGAGGCGCGCCAUCCGGAUACCGAAGAACUUCUUGGCUUCAUUCAGUUCAAACACGACAAGGACGGAUACUGCUUGGGAGGUCUCAAGAUUGUCAACUUCAGAGCCGCUCUGCAGUAUCGUAACUUGGGUACUGGAGCGACAACCAAAUUCCAUGACAAUAGACAGACCGGACAGCAUGGCGACGGCAUGAAACUCUCUGCUCUUGUUUAUCGGCGCAACAACUAUAACGUCUGUUAUGAGAGCAGCAGUUUCAAGUGGAGGUUCAUCUACAAGAAGGGAAACUUGGCCUGCUCUCUCACUCGUAUCACCGACUCAAAAUUGUCUCUCAGGAAAUGGGAUACCAAGGGCAAACCCAGGACUCAUACCUCUCAUCCCUGGGAAGAUGUUUGCUUGAUCGUUGGUGCUGCCGGACCUACCCGAGACAUUUAUGGGCGUCGUAUAUCAGCUAAGCGGCUGAAUCUCAGCGAGUUCAAGAGAUGGAUCACCGUAACACUCGACAUCAAUCCACCCAAAGAUCUUAUCCGCACUGUUCAUGGCGAUCUCAUCCGCGAUCCCAGAUACAAAGGACGCAUGUACCUGCGUGGCCUUCGUUUACCAAGUGGCGGAACGAAUGGAAGGAACUACAAAUACGGCUAUAACUUCGUUGAAGGAAGUACUAGCUCUGAUCGCGAUGCGCUUUCGGGAAUAGGAGAAGAGCGUGAAGGGAUUGCCGCCAUAUGGAUAGCUGCGAUACGAGCAGAUGAGUCGACUGAUUCUAAGCUUGUCUCUGACUACACUCAACUGCUUCUAGAAUCCAUCAACAAGAAGGGCGACGUAAUGAUGCAGAUUGAAGAUGGAGGCAACGAGCUUAUGCCUGGCGAUAUCGCCAGACAGGUCUGGGCGAAAAUGUUGAUGCUCAACACGGAUGGAGAGGGUCGGGUAGCUUUCUACUAUUCGUCUGCUGAGGGAAAAGAUCAGGCUCACAUUAUCAAACAAAGCUUGCGUAAGAACCCCGUCCCGAUCGACCCCGAGCUAUGGAGGAUCUUGAAGAAGUACUUCCUUUGUCGACAACCUAAAGAUGAGCUGCUUCACCGCUUCAAAUCUGCAGAAGUCGUGGAAAAUCUCCACGGUAGCUUUGCGACACACAUGGAGAAACUGUUGAAAUGCCUACUUUUGUCUUCGCCGGCGACGCAGGGUAUGAAACUCAACUUUGUAAAAGGCGAGCACUUGAACAUCAACGCUGGAUUCUUUUCGGGCACGUGGAAAUUCCACAACAAGUGGCUGACUUGGGAAGGAGCGCAUGAGAAGACUUUCUGCGAGGAGGAUCAAUCCGCUGGACAAGAGCUGUUCUCGUGUGAUCAUGCAGUUCUACAGCUGUGGGAUGUUAUGAUAUCUCAGCUCAUGGCUGAUGGCGAAUAUCCUCAAGUUGUUGCCGACGAGUGCUGGCUUAAGAAUCGACUUUGCUCCUGCCCUCUUGAGGUGUCACAAGCUGUCAGCGACGGAGUCACAUUCACAGGCCUCAGUAUCGGCGAUGAAUACGUCCCUUCUGUUUCAAGAGACGUUGAGGGGGCUUUCAUUUCUCCACGGCCGAAGUCUACGAAACCUCUGGAGGAAGACGACAUUAUCCUACCGGAUCUCGAAGCGGAUAAAGAGCCUGUACUACUUCUCGGCUCCAAGAUUGAGCACAACUCGCUCGACUGGGGAGGUAGCUUUCCGGGGAGUCAUGACUUCUACCGAACACGCGACAAACCAGAGCAGGAAAUAUUCAUCUUGAAGCCAAAAGUCAGUAAGAAGAAAGCACCUCACAAGCGGGUACAGUCUGGACCCAACGGGCGCAGUAGUCAGAAGAAACCGCGAGCUGGCACUCCUGGCCGCGCGGCCCCACCGCGAUACAUCGUUCUUUCUAGCCCGGAGUCAUCAGAUAGUGAGGAUGCGCCCGGUCCUCAGGAAAGCUGUGCUGUCCGCAGUGGACUGGAGGACAGAACCGCACUGCCUGAAAGAGGCAUAGUGUAUCGGUACUGA